ACAUGAUGGCGAAAGCUAUUCACCACACAAGUCUCGCGUUUGUGAUACUGGCUCUUCUAGUGUAUCCAUCAUCACCAUUACUUGAUAGCCAACUGUUUGACUUAAUCUUAACGUUGAAAAAUCCAUCCUGUCCAAGCUUUGUUAUCGUCUUUGACGAACUAUCCUGGGGCGAAGAAAUCGAAGAAUUAUCUGAAGAGUUGAUGCAAUUCAGCCAUUCAAAUUCCAUCAUUCUUUUGUCCAGCCAUCCAAACGUUCUUCGAACAUGCCGAAGAGGCGAUAACAAAAAGAUGUUGGGAUCUACCAUUUGCAACAACGCAGUGGUUUUCAGUCGCCAUCCUGACGAACUCACUCGAAUAUUUAAUCAGGUAACGAAUUGCUUCUACUUAAGCAAAAUGUUUGUCAUCACUCAAAUGACGUCCGACUCGGCUGACGCCUGGCUGAAAGAGAUGAAGAAAGAAAUGAUUUUCCUUAUACUUGGAGAAAGCAAUAAAGGUCUAAGACAAAUCCGUAAUUGGAUGAUUAACAAUCAAAUCCAUUACACUAAACUUGUCCGCGAUACAGUAAUCACCGAACAAGAUUUGGGACUUAGCGAAGGAAGGAAUUUGAUGGGCCGUAACCUGAGAGUGGCAACUCUCAAUUUCCCACCUGUUGUGUUUAUCGCUAAUCAAACUAACACGAAAAAUAUCUACGGCAUCGAGCCAUCUUUAAUGGACGUCCUCGCCAGUGAUUUGAAUUUCACUUUUGAUUACUUCCCCGUAUCUCCUAAUGAAAUGUGGGGCGCUGUCUCCGGAGAAGGAGAGAACCGUACGGCCACUGGACUCUUAGGAGCGUUGAUGAAAAAAGAAGCUGACGUGGCAUUAGGUAACCUUUACAUAGACUACACACGUCUCUCAAUCAUUGGCUUCAGUUCGUACUACAAAAUAUCGGAAGAAUGUUUCUCGGUUCCAGCAACACGUCCUUAUCCUAAAUGGACAGCUUUGUACCAUCCGUUUACGAUUGAAGUUUGGCUCGCUACGUUCUUCUCCAUCUUCUUCGUUAUCUUGACGUUACGUCUCGUUGCGAUGUGGUCGAACGGAUCAUCGAUAGUCGACUCUUAUUACAGCGAUCCAGUUGUUUGUUUCAUGACCGUCAUCGGCCACUUGUUCGGACUCCAACAGACGCGCGAAAUUCGAUCAAUGGCCAACCGACUUUUCCUUGUUUGGUGGCUAUUUGGGGCUCUCAUUCUCUCGACUGGCUAUCGAUCAGGUUUGAUUUCAUUCAUGACGUUCCCUUUUACCCCUCCACCGAUUGAUACCAUCCAGCAAUUAGUGGCCAGCCCGCUAAAGAAGAUCGUUUACGACCCUCUGAUGAAAGAGAUCCUAACCAACUCGAACAAUUCGUUACAGAGGCAGCUGGGCCGCCAGAUGAUUACCAACGAUAAUUUAACUUACAUGUUCUCGUUGAUGAAUUCUAACGACUGGGCAGUGGAUGCAAAUCUCGAUAAUUUGCGAUACGUAGUAGCUACUCAGUACCCAAUGACCCGCUCCGGACCUCAAGUCCAUCUGAUGAGGGAAUGCGUUUUCGCUAUGAGGGCAGCCCUUGGGCUCCAGAAAGAGUCUCCACUUAAACCGUAUUUCGAUAGGGAGAUACAGCGUCUUAUCGAAGCAGGUCUUAUCGAAUACCACCGUUCGAGAUUCGCCGCAAAGGCUGUCGUUUGGAACCCUAAAGCAUCGAAACAAAAGAUAGUCCCGUUUUCUCUGGAUAGCCUACAAGGAUCGUUCUACUCGUUGGCACUGUGUGUUGUAGCCUCAGUGCUGGCAUUGAUUGGAGAAGUGAUGCAUGCCUGGAUCAAAACUCGUCUAUCGAAGAGAAAUACCAUGUAA